AUGCAUCGAUCAUCUUCAUCCCCCCUUCCUCCCCAGGGCAUGCCCCGGUCAUCGAGCGCCGCUGCCAUCACCACCACCAACAACAACAACCCCAAAGUUCGCGCUCAGCCCAGCUCCAGGAUAGUUCGGGGCCAAAUUUCCAGCCCAAUUCCAAUGCAAGAUCCGCUGGAUAAGGAACUGUACAUCAGACCGCACGAUACCGGAGCCUCUGGAUACGCACAACCUCCGCAUGUCAACUUGUCCAAGCCCUCCAUGGAAACCUCCCGGCCGUCAGCGGAGUUUGCUCGCCGCCGCAUCUCUUCAACACCUGAGCGAUCUAGAUCAGUCCUCCGAACGGCUCUUAGCAAAAUAUUUGGCCGCAAAAAAGCUAUCAGACCUAUAACACCUCUAGCCUCUGCUGAUUCGGAAGACGAGCGGCAAGAUUCGCACUUCAGUGAUGACAAGAGGGAUUCCAUUCCUGCGCAAAGGAUACCCCCAAAGAAAAUUGAAACGUUUCCCAUCUCUGAAUAUGAUCGAGCCUUGCGCUCUCAUUCCGUUGGCCCCGAGGAUGUCAUGGCCAUCCGGAGCGCGCGAAGCCCAGUCAACCCCGAAUAUAGCGGGCAUGCAAGGAAACGUAACGGAACCGGUAGUGAUGCUCAUCCGGCCAGUGCGCGCUGGGUAAAGCCAACUGGCCUGACUCCGCGCCCUGCCAGUACAACUGACUGGGGUAGCAGGUUGGUUGAUGCCAGCCAUGACCCUGAAGAGAUUGGCCGUGCUGUAACCACUGGCCUCAAGCGCAGAUCAAGGAGCUUAUCGUUCAUCCCAUUGAUCGAAACCGCGGAGGCUCCCAACAUCACACGGCGCCGCAGCGAUGAAUUCCCUCGUGGGUGGCGGGAAAGCUAUGAUCAGGAGCCCGCAUCACCAAUAUCAUCAACUGCUCCAGAUGGCGGCGAUCGGCGCACCUUUGUCAGCCAAAAAUCCAACGAUGAGGCAGAGCUGGUAGACGAGAUUGAUUCGCCUGUGAAACCUUUUACGUUUUCGAAUAUGCCUUAUAUGGCCGAGUUUGCCGGUACCGCGAGCAUGAAAAUUACAGAUGCUGUUGGCUUGGAGACGCGGAUUGGCCAAGUCGAGAAUCGGCUGAGCCUUGUGGAAGGUCUCUUGACCCAUGCCCGUCAAGCAUCUCCAGGCGAUGGAUUGGCGGACGACUCCUCUGAAAGAUUGGCGCCGCCCAUGCCUGCAUGGUCAUCUACCUUUUCAACGGCGGUUCGACCAUCUUCCCACUCUUCUGCCCAAGUUUCUGGAACAUCUAGACUCUCCUUUGGCGAGAUACCAACCUAUACACGAUCGGCAAGCCAACAAACGUCAAAACAACCCAUGUUUGCAGCUUCCACUCUUUCUAAAUCUGUGCCCACCGGGUCAUUUAUCAUGGAUCAUGAGACCUACAAUGCACUCGUAUCAACCAUGGAGAACGACCGAGCUGCUCGACUAGCACUAGAGGCACAGGUCAAGGAGCUCAGUCGACAAAUCAGUCGCCUUUCCAAAAACAUACCCGCAACUCGCACAGCCCAAGUGAAUGACGAGGUAGCGUCCCCGUCCUUUGGCAAGCCACCAGUCUUGGAUUUUGGUGAAGAUGAGGAGGAGGAGGACGACGAUUUGAGGACAAAAAAGUCUCGACGAAGUUUCAGAAAGGCUCAAAACGAAGAUUCCGGCAUUGGAACCGAGUCUGGUGACAGAGACUACCCCGAAUCGUUUGCUACACUAAACGACGAGCAUCAUAACUCCAAGGCAGAUCUGCCAUUCAGCUCGCCCGAUGCGAUACUGUCGCUUUCCAAACUCACAACGCUGCAUUCCAUGGCACACCCAGCAUCGCAGCAAACCGUAUCACAGCCAUUCUAG